AUUGCUAGUUUCCUUAGUUAACGUCCAAGAAACAGUUGUGGGGUGAGGCAUAUCAAAGAGAGACCUCUGGGCACAUCAUGUCAUCAUUUUCUGAGUCUGCGUUGGAGAAGAAGCUUUCGGAGCUCAGCAACUCUCAGCAGAGCGUUCAGACGCUGUCUCUGUGGAUCAUUCAUCAUCGCAAACACUCGUCGCUCAUCGUCAAAGUAUGGCACAGAGAACUGAAGAAAGGUGAGAGAACUUAUGAAUGUUGCCACCUCGACAAUAUUGUCUACCACAGCUAGUUACACACGGAAACGUUAAUGUCACUUGAAGUAUGCCAAACACUUAUUUAGUUUGUCUACUUUCUGUAUUUGUCUAUCAGCAAAAAGCAGCAGGAAGUUGACUUUCCUUUAUCUUGCCAAUGACGUGAUUCAAAACAGCAAGAAGAAAGGUCCAGAGUUCGCCAAAGACUUUGAGACGGUCCUUGUUGAUGCUUGCUCUCAUGUUGCAAGGUAUGUGGUCUGGGAUGAUACAGUUUCAGAGCUAAACUUUUCUCUUGCACUGAAAUGUACCGUAAAGAGACUUGUGCUGCAGGCCUAUGUUUUAGUAUACCAUGUUUGCAUUGGAGGGUUGGCCUAGCUACAUCAGUAAGACAUUAACCUACUUCUAAACAUUGGUAAGUGGAGUACACUGCUACUGCUACAGCAGUAUAACAAGACCAUAACCAAGAGAAUCAAAUAAGUUAUUGAGUUGCUUGGCUAGGGAGAGUUGAAUAUCAUGAUGAAUCACUCUUUUUCUCUCUCUCUCCCUCAGAGAGGCUGAUGAUGGCUGUAGAAGGCCCAUGGACAGGCUGCUCACUAUCUGGCAGGAGCGCAGCCUCUACAAGGUAGAGUUCAUCCAGCAGCUGAAGCUCGCCAUCGAAGACUCUAACAGCCCCCAACACCAACCCACAGGUACAGUCAGUCCCCUAGGUUAUCACUGAUGUAGCAGUUCAGCUUUACUAAAUUACUUACUGGUGACAGCAUGUUUCCUAUAUAUAUGUGUGUGUGUAUAUGUGUGUAUUUGGAUGUCAGAAUUCCCACGCAACAUCAACUUCCAAUUGGUUGUUUUUGUAUAAAUCUGUGGUAUUUCUUACAGAAGAGAAGA